AGGAGUAGCCGACGGCGGCAUAAACGGCGCGGCGGUAGUGGCAGCCGUCUCGACGGCCCGACGCGAAGUAGGUUAGUGCAGCCAAAGAGCGACAGAGAAAGAGAGAGCCUGCCGUCCGCGAUCGCGCCGCGGCGUUUCCUGCUGCUCCUGCUGCCUUCUGACAGAAUAGUGGGGGCCCCAAACACGCACACGCGGCCAAGAUUGUAAAGACCAUCCGCUUAGUUGUUGCUCGAUCGGCUAACUGUUUGUACGUACGUCAUUUCGGGCAUCCUCGGCUGCGACCGCGAUCGCGCCACUCCAGGCAUGCCACAUACACGUCGCGUCGCCCUCGUGCCAUGAGCCCUGCCAAUCUGGGAGUGGAGAGGUACAUCGGGGCCUGUCUCAUAUCUCAACAGAACCAUCAUCGGCCCACCAAUAAGCCAAGACCAUCCCCGCCUCAGUCAAAAACCCAGGAAUUCCUCCAGGACGUUUACAGCCACCAUCAACGUCAUCCGUCCUUUCGACUGCAAAGAUGUCAAUCGCACCAGGAGGGUUGGGCCGGUGGAAUGCCUCUCAUAUCCUUCACAAACGCGGCCCGCCGGGCUAAAAGGGCAGACCACGACGAACUACACGGCGCUCCCCUCAUCCUAGCCAAGACGUUCAACUAUCGAAACAAAAAAGUGUACAAAAAUAACAAUGCUACGUUUCAGCAGCAAAGGCCACCGGGUACUAAAGUGUUCGAAAAUUCAAACAUCAAGAAACAGCAUCCUCCGAGGAAUAAUAACAGUGCCAGUGGUCCGAGUACGGACGCCGUGAGUGUGACUAGUGAUGAAAGUUCAGGAUCUAAUCAUUCAGAGACAUGCUUACCGCGAAUCAUCAAGCCUCGAAAGAGGCGAAAAAAGGAUAAGAAACCGGCCCCCUUGCUGAGCCGACCGCUUAGCCAGGACGGAUGUUUAUCCACCGAUAGCGCCAGUCCAGAUGUAGAUAAAGUUAAGACAGUUUUAUUUUUGCCGUUUUCUUUGGAUCCCUAUACUUCGUAUCGACUACCAGUUGAAGCUUCCCAAAAAAUCAUCGAUCGAUUGAUCCUAGGCGAUGUCGCAGAAACGCCGAAGUUACACCAUGACUUUGAAGACGUUCAAGAACCUGAUAUCAAUGGAAACCAAUCAACUGUCACCUGCCAGUGUCGAUAUUGUGAUCCUAGCGGUCAGAUUUGGGAUGUCGACCGGAAUUGUUAUUCCCCAUUUUUGACUCCUCCGAGCAACAAGUCUUUCCGGUUUCCUUCCAGCUCGUCCAUUUCCACCAGCUGUCUGGAACACAGUAUGUCCUCAGUAUCACUCGAAGAAGGAGAGGAAAAUACCGCUCCUCCGCAAAAGCCAAUAGGCACUCCUAGAGAUCUUGAAGUUUCCACCGAAAUAGUGACAUCGUUGAAUGGCCACAGAGACUUAGAGAUCAAGUUCUUUUCGUCAAAUAGUAAUGGUGUCAACGAAAAAAGCACUCUGAGUAAAACGUCUAAAAGUGUACAUAGUGUAGAGUUCUUAUUCGAGGAGUGAAUGUAUUUAGCUAUGUUAUGAUGUUCAAACUGUCAAGUAGAGUGAAGCCAAGAGGUAUCUGAAUGUUGUGUAAGUGAGCAAUAGUGCAGUGGGUAUUCCUCAACUAAAACAGGUUUUCGGUCCAAGCAGCUUGCACUAGGAACACCAAACGACCUUUUCUGAGAAAGACUCGAGGGCUCCAAGACACGAGCAGAGCCACGGUGUAGUCAUUCUGAUGAUGACAAAAAACGAAACUAACAUAUAAAUUCUUACCACCACAAAAAAAUUAUGAGAACAGAUGCAUACUUCGAUUGGCUUACUAAAGUCUAUCUUACCUCUUUUGAAAUCCCUAAAGCGUAAAGAACAGAAUGAACGUAUUUAAUAAUUAAAAGAAGUAUUCUUUUUCCCAAGUAAUUGCAGCAACCUCAUAAAAUGGAGACUAGAAUAUACAUAUUUCUUUCAAUAAACCAGUCGUUGCACACCAAGAGGUGAAUUUUCUGCUAAAGGUUCAAUAAGCCUCCGAUUCACUUGUUCAAAAAAGUGUCAUGUGAUUUAGUGGUGACAGUGCCAAGCGAUAUGUAGAGAAGAAUGUUGGGGAGAAUGGUUUUGAUGCCGAUUAACAAAGCAAUGGAUUUAUGAGUCAUCAGCAACAUCCGCAGUAUCGCAGAGGAAAUUAUAUCCUGCCUAGUGACCUUAAAUGUUUUGAUUGGGUCAAGAAACCGGUGAAGUGAAGGUGCUAACAACUGAGGCGGUUGCAACGGCAGCUAGUGUAAAUAGUGUAGAGUUUGUGUACAAAUAAGUAGUGAUUUUUAAGGGAAUUCUAAAUCCAUCAGGAGCGGUCUAUGGACUCUAUACGUAACACGAUGUACUUGGAAAUUCCCUGCUGCAAUGGUCCAACAGGUUGUAUAACCCCAUGAUACGUGUUUGCUGUUUACAUUGUUAUUAUGGAUUUAUGAACAUAUAUCGUAUGAGUGUGGCUGGCUUCUCAAAAAACGUAACUUACUUAUCUCUUUUAAUUAUAUGUUGAAGGCAUGCAUCAUAAGCAAUAACUUCAAAUAUAAUACCUAUCAUACAAAAUUACACUAGUCUAGAUCAGAAAGCAUUGCUUAGGACUUUUUAAGUGUUUAUCAUAUUUCAAGGCAUUUAAAAUAUAAAAACAGUAUUUUUUGUGCUUACUAUUUAUAAAUUGAUCAGAUCAUUACGCUUCAUGUUACGCGCUUGGAACACUAUUAAUCUUGAAGGCAAAAUGUUGCAUCAUGUGUUGUCUAUGCAGGGUAUUGAAUGCAUAUCCAAAAUUUCAUUGGGUGAUUUUAGUAAGAAAAGUUAUAUCCGAUAAUGCUUGGAAUUAUGUUCUUUCUAGAAAAUUCGUUUUUGGAGAAGACAUUAUCAUCCCCAAAAAUUAAUGAAAAAUCGCUUACGAAAAAUGCGUAUUACAAAUUUUUAUGUAGCUACAUCGCCGUAUUUAAUCGGUUAAAUUUUUCCUUAUUUGGGGUUUGAAUUUUACUGAUGCUUUCUUCUUCUUCGAUUUAAUCUGCAUCUCUCCUAGUCCAUUUCAACAAAUUUUAUUACGCUAGGCUUUUCAUCAAUUUUUUUUCCUCGAAACACCCAAGGAUUCACUCUCGAAGCCAGGUGCUUUAUUAAUAUGCCGUAUAUCUAAAUAAAUAAUGAUUCGCUAGCAUUACUAUUUAAACAGGGUUGCAGUGAUUCAGUCACAUUUUAAAACAACGACUAAACAUGCCAUUUGUCGAGUACUCUGUUUUAUUUAUGUUUGCUGUUCUCAAUCAGGUCAGGGUACUGUCGCAUCUCAUAAACUACAAAUAACAUUCGUACCACAAUCUGCGACAACAGUUACAAAGCCAUUUUAAUGCCGCUUAGGGCACCUGUUGAUGCUCGAUCUAAAUCAUUAGAUCAUAGCGUUCGAGAAUGUUCCAAAUACAUUAUAAUAGCUUCACAAACAAGUGUUGAUUAUGGUGAUGUAUGUAUUCUCUGUGUUUUGAACGUAUGACAUAGAGGAAUACUAAUAAAUUUGAAGUUUGAUAAGCAGAUUCCACGUCAUAGUUUGGUAGCAGAAAAGCGUUUUGUUAUACGUUCGUAUGUAUUUAGUGCAACAAAAUAUGUAAUGUAUUCAACUUAAAUUGGUCACAACACAGUAAAGAUGGGCUGUAACCAUAAUUUUACAAUUUGCCAUAUUCUAGUGCCCUGGCAUUCAAUAAUUCAUACUACUAUUGAUGAAUUGAGUAUUGACAUAUUCGACAGUAUCCAAUUCUUUGCAGGCAUUUAUUUGUACCUAAGUAGGACAUACACGAUAAAACAGGGGACAAACGUCAACAAAAAUCGGUGCUUUAAAUUUUGUAACCCUUGGAACUAAAUAUACAGCUUGAAGAUCUUAUAAAACGAAAAAGCUACAAUGGAAUCAUCAUUUUAUGAUUUACAUUAACAAUGAAGUGCUUGCUUUCUGUACAAUGACCCAGCUUUCAUUUUCAACAAAGUAUUGUUAAUUUGUAAAUCUGAAUUGGACACGGUGUGAAAUCGAAUUUCUCAUUGCAACUUUCUCCAGAAUAAGUGUCAUUCAUACUUGCCUUUCAUCGCUUUAUUAGAACUAAGACUCUCUCACUUUCACUUCAAACAACGUUUCUUAGCUGAAAGCAGUUAUCCGCCAACAGAUUUUAUUUAGGUUGUAGUGCAAUCCAAUCUAUUUUGAUAACAAACCAGAAAUGCUGUUCUGCUUUUGAAGUUGAGUGCUGGUAAAAGUUAUUGCCCUGUACUUUAUUACUCAGAAUGUGCUUUGGAAGAUGAAGCUAUUCUGAGCAAUGUAGAUAGUUAUCAUUAUUGCUUAUUUCAUUCCUGGUUUAUUUAAAGGGAAAUCUGCACCAAAGGCCAUAAAGAAAUAGUAUGUCACGUUUUUGAGAAACUAGCCAUUAUUGGUUUUAAAUCAAUACAUCGUAAUUCUAGAUGAGUGACGAAAGAGAAAACGGCAAAUUGACCGAUAAUAAGUAUGCCUGGAACGUUUCAGGUUGGCUUUUUCAUAAUUUAUGUAACAUUCUGUGGACGACGUCGUGUUGACCAACACAGUAUGCAAGUGGUACCGUGUAUACGGGGUUGAUGUGAUAAAUUCUGUCACAAAAUGGCUGUUUAUAAUAUACUCAUUUGAGUCUGAACAUAUCUAUUGACAGUUUAUAUUGCUGGAUUGUAACUACUUGUGAAUGUAUAUAUGGAACUAUUUCCAUUAAAAUUCAAUUGAUUUAGUACAGUCAACAUAUAUUUUUCUUUUAUGAUUAUACGAUACGUUUUCGAUGUUUGCGGACUUGUUUUAGUAGACUUGAGAUUUAUUCUUAUGCAAAUUUAAUCCAUAAAAGCAUCCCCAAAAGCUCUUGAACUAGUCAUUAACCUUCUCUAAUAAGUCUACUGAUAUAUUACUUUGGAUAUUCCGAGUUGAUAUAUCUUAGCUGGAUAUUCAAGGUACGUAGGUAUGGACUAUGAAAGAGAAUAUUAUGAAUUGCCAAUUGUUUUUAGGAAUAUGGCGUUCCAGAACACUAGAUUUACGAUUAUAGUCAUUGUUAUAAAUGUUUGAGGCUGUAUAAUUCAAAAAUUAUAUUCUUUCCUAUGAAAUGCUAUUGUUUAAGUAAACUUAUACCGGAAGCUCUAGAAUUGACUAACUCACUUAGCACAUUUAGGGUUAUACAGCCUACGUUACUUGUCUCUUUUAUUUUGAGAUAAAUCAGUUUUGAUCUCAAUGAAGUAUUUUUGCCCUCCUCUUCGUGGUCUGCUUCCUAAUUUCCAAUACAAUAAAGUAGAAAUACAGUUUGAGUUUAUAUAAUGCAUUGCCAAUCGCAUCACUCAUUAAACAGGCGUAUGGGUGAGGUUGGUCUUUAAUCUGUAAAAAUGAAAGCCGAAGCAACAUUUAUAUCGUUCAUAUAUUGAAUUAUGACAAGUUCCGUAAAUGGAUCAUGCGUCUCAGGAUAAAAGUACAAAGAUGAUGUAGUGAAUCUAAUCUAAGACAUGUUUAGCUUCUUUAACAGUUUUAGAAAGUGGAGAAAAGAGAGUACGAAGGUUCACAGUAAAAAUUCAAUUGUUUUUUAAAUGAUUGUUCAAGGUUUAGCUAUUCGUUAUAAUAAUUAUUUCAUUAACCUUCCAUUAUUAUAGAAUCCGAAAGAGCGAGAGGAAUCAAAGGCUCAGAUCACUUUUAAUUAGUCUCAAUUGAGCUGAUAUUCAAAAACGUUUUUGUUAUCAAAGGCUUUCGUGAUAUUCAGGCUAAUAGAAUGAUAGAAAGGUACGCAAAUAUUUGAGCGGGAUACAGUAUUCACUACGAAUUGAUAGUAGUUUUAGACUGCGAUAGAAACUAUACUAUACCAUUCACAUUCUAUAUUAUUCAACGAAUAAAAAAAGCUACAAGGAGAACCGCAUUAUAUUGUAGUUAAAGAGAUUAUAAUUAUGUUGAAACUAUUUAAUGAUCGCUAGCAUCUUAUAAAUGUAGGUAAUAUAUUUUACGCACCUCAUUAUAUUUAUCUUGGCGUCAAAUUCUUGAAAGAAGCUACCAUAACAGUACCACCAGCCAGGUAAAAAGUUUAAAUUCUCCACUACAGUAAAUCGGUACUAACGAUAUGACUAAACACGGUAAAACUUUUUGAUAGCUAAGAAAAAUUACUGAUAAAAUAUGCUACUGGGAGGCAAAACUAAUAAGAUUUGUUGCAAGUGUUGAAAACCCGCAACUACAGCGGUGGUAGAUUACCGCCCACAGUUCAAUUUUUAUUUUAAUAGGGGAUAAGGAAUAAGCAGCUGAGUCUGAAGAUUUGUCUCAAGGCAUUUAUUUCUCGUUUAUCAACAAUUAGUUAUCAAAAUUAUUAGUAUCUAAUCUGUAAGAACCUAGAUGACUUUUUAACAGAAGACUUUCUGUUUUCGGAAAGCUUUACUGAGCUACGAACGACUAACCAUUUUGGAACUGAUCUAUUUACUGACUGAAUGUUCAGUCUCUCAUAGACCUGAAUACGUAUUUUGGUAGCGACAUUACAAAUACAUUAAACAAAUAGUUAUUAAUAUGGUAAACUGUCGUCAUUUUAAAUAAAUUCUUAGUACCUUCUUUUGAUCCUGAAAGUGAGAUCCUUAAAGCUUGCCAGAAAACUAACGUCUUCUGGUGUUUUUUUCAUGGCGGUUUGACAUUUUUUUUCAAAUCGGCAAAUACCUGUCAGCGAAGUUGUUUUACAGCUUGAUUAUCCACCUUGUUAAAGAAAAAUGCAGUGCACUGUAUAUACUUGAACGGCCACGAUUACGUAAAUGUACCGUGCGGCUAAAUAUAGCCCAUCAAGCAGCCAGCGUGCGCACACAUUGUUGUGCGUUAACCUGUUAUGCCGGCAUGUUAGCUUUCACUUUCAUGCUGCUGCUGAUGGUCUUUGUUUUGUUCUAAGUUACAGUGUUGCGAAUUUCCGCUUCUAUCAUUGUAUUACUUUGUCGCUCGUCAACGUGUUGGUAUUUGCGGAAAUAGAUUACGGAGAGGAAGGACUAAGCGGUAAACUGCGUAAGGCUAAGCUGGAAUUGAGGAUGUACGUCGAAGGUAGUAUGGCGGUGCUACUGGUAUUUUGACUUUUCUAGCAGUGUUGAUGGCUGAUCGAGGUUGAUUUGCGUGGAGCAUCCAUAACAUGGGAUACAACCGAAGUCCUUCAUUAAACUCUUGAAACUAAUGAUAUCGAACCAAGUAUGUCCAAAUAAAGUGGCGCUCGUUAAAAUGUAGGGUGUCAAAGCUCAACUCUCCAAAUGCUUCUUCCGAUGGUUUCGGACAGUAAGGAAAACGAUUAUGUAUAUUCAGUUUAUCUUUCAACGUACUGCAGGAAAGUUGUGUGGCUAGAAAUAAAGCUUUAUCGGCUGCAGCUACCUAGUAGAGGCUACUUAAUAUCUUGAAAUAUACUUAGGAUAUUAACCUAUACCCCAUCCUCGAUUCUCAGAAACAUCAUUUUUGAGAUUUGGCACCCUUUAUCUGAUUGACAAGCGAAAUUUCACUCAUUCAUGUUUGUUUCAACACCGAUAUGCUUCUUGGUGCAUUCAUUAAAGCAAUCAUGCUACUCGUAUGUUUUGCUUGUACAGUAUUGAGUCGUCAUGCAAUAUAUAGUGUGUGUGCUUUUACCAACUUGCUUGAGGAAAAUACUAUGUGACUGUAUGCUUGAUGACCUCAAGACGUCGGAUACCACAAACACUAUAUGUUGCAUGACGGCUUACUUGCAAUCAAAACGUACCAUUAGCAUUACUGGCUAUGUCAACCUUUAUGAACAGUAUCUCUCGAAACCAUCCGAUGUUCUGCUACUAAGUACCUACUAUUUCGUAAUAUUCUCAUAUUGGACGAUUACAUUUAGCACUUUUCCAUUUAAUCAGCGAUAACGCUCACCUAAGGCUGCCAGGGUAUAUUUCAAGGGUACAUUAAAAGAUGUGGAGGGAGUUAAUGGACGUUAUAACGGCAGGGGGUAAAUGUUGAUUGCGGAAUUAAGGAAAAAGAUGUUUUUAAUCUUGAAAGUGGGGUAUGGCAAGACACGCAUGUUAUCAAGGUCUCUAUGAAUCAUGUACCUGUAUAUUGUAGGGCUUAUUGAAAAAUCAAUAUUUUUAUUGUUAAACAAAAGGUUUCGUAAGUGAAUGUCAUAUUAAUGCUAUAAAAGCGUGUAACUGAAAUUGUAAUUGAUUCACACUUCCGCUGAUCACGGAUUAAACUCACAUGUGCACGUCAAAUAUCACAGAAAAUUGGCUGUUGAUUAAAUGUGUAUAUAUUUUCCGUCAUGAGUAUCGAUAGAAAUGUUUUCUGUGAUUGCUUCUUAUUCGAGUCAUUUUGAAAGCGAACUGCAUUCACCUCUUCUUUAUAGUUUUCUUUCUGUCAAUCGUACUCUGGUAUUCUGCUAUAAAGGAGUACAAUGGUGUAGCGCUUUAAUGCUGAAACUAUCAAGCUCCGCGGCUACUGCUAUUCAACACCAAAGCACUGGAUCACUUAACGUUGGUUGAACGCGCUCAAUGUCUGUUGCACUAGUCGGAUAGCCAAUGCUAAGCCUAGUUGCAGUGAACGGCACCUAUGAAGGGAUCGCGCAACGACCAUCAUUUGACUGAUCUACUACACUUACUGCGUAGGUCAUAAAAGCUAUGAAUGGCCUCCACUAGUACCAUCUCUGAAGCAGAUGUUAAAUUAAAUCUAACAUAUGACACUGACAGCACAUACAUGGCGUUUAGGGAACACAGGGCUACGACAAGUGAAUAAUGGCUACGACGUAAUAGAAAUGAAGGCUAUCACACAUGUCAGAUUCCGUCUGUCAAUCGCCGUUGCUUUCAUUUUGCAGUAACCUAAUGAGGGUGCCGGUACGCAUCUGUGUGUUUUUAAAAUCAUAUCUAUAUCAUCGAGUUGCGACAAUUCAUUUCAUCAGAUCUUUCUGUAUAAUUUUAGAAGCUGGAAAAUAGCAGCUUUUAAUUGUAAUGUGAAGUGGAAAAUGUUUUUUAAAGCUUCUUUACGAUAUCGUUUGUGAGACUCUGAAUUUAACGGGGAGAUUGAACUAUAUAUUUCCUGCGGUAGACAGCCAGUAUUACUCCCGACAGUUCCGCAAAGUUUGUGAACUCGUUAGGGUGCGUCCGUGAUUUCUCAAAACCGCCACAGUUUUCGCCCAGUUUCCGUCUGCUUGAAUUAGCGAGAAAUUAGCAACGAUCAGCCAAACCAAACCUAUUUCCAACCGCCUGGGUGCGCCGCCAUCUCGCAUGUUCUCACAGGGUUGGAUUGAGAAAUUUAUAACAUGAAACUUCACAUUUUUUUUUAUUCCACCUGUUACUGUUUAGUAAUGGUCUAUGCUUAUAACGUACGGUUUUUUACGAUAAGCCAAGUCGAAAUGUGAAUGGAAAAAUACUGGGGUGUUUGUUGAAAAUGUGUAUACCGAGCGAAAAUACUUACAGUUCAAUUUGGGGUUAUACAGGAAAUGUACAACUUAUUCAUUUCAAAUGCAACAAGCCACAUUAACUCUCUUUUCAACUUCGCGACGAUGAGUGAACUUUAUUGAAGGUACUGUAGGUCUAAGAACUCGAAUACACGUUAAUUCUAGGCAAAUUCAGAAUACGAGGUAGUAGCCCAAAAUAAUAUAUGAGGAAGCAAGAAGACGUGAUUUGGUAUUUUCGUUGUUCUGUCUUGGUUAUACCGAAAGACAAUGACACAAAAAAACUCGUACAUACUAUUUAUUGGCUACCGUGUCUGCAGUUGGCUCGAACUUAAUACAAAUCUAAAAAUAUUAGAAUAUGUUUCGUUGGCGAUGACGAGGUUUAGAAAAAGCUAAAGAUAUUUGAUCUGAAAACCGCAUAUCGAUUAAUCCCUUUAAGAAAAUAGCUCUAGUGGAAUCACGUGAAUUUUCCGAUGAAGCUAACCUUGAUCUCAACUUCCACAUAAUUUGUCUGCUACUACGCUGCACCCUCUCGUUGUCUUUCAGCCACUCCAACCCUGUGUAGUUCAGUUUCGCCGUACCAUUCCGACUAUUCCCAUCUGAGGCUACUUAGUUUACCUAAAGGGAAACAUGUACGGGCUGCGUACACGAAAACUACGCUUCCAGAAACUUUCUCCAUUGCCUGCAUUUUACCGAAUUGCAUGAAAACCUUCCUUCCUUGGUUGGGUUUAAUGCAAUUCCUGAAUUUUAUUUGAUUUAUCAUCUAUUAGUAGAGCUGGUUAAGUAAGUUUUGAAAUGCGCAAUGUUCGGGACUGCUAAGUAUGAAUGCAUUUUUAUCCAUUAACAUCCAUCUUGACCAAAGGACAUUGUAUCGUGAGUAUCCAUAAAGAUUGGCUAGUUGCUGUGCAGAUAAUCUACCUGUUGUCAAACUGAACUUAAUGAAUACAAAACUAGUUAGGUCUGGUUAAUUUUAAAGGAGAGCAAGUUGCCGAUUUUGGAGUAUUCAAGAACAAUAUUUGCAUAACAAAUUGUUUUCAAAUAUUCCAAAUUAUUAAGUUCAGUUGUCAAACUGGCGAUGACAAUAAGAGAAUACAAUUUCAAAUGCCAUUCAUUACUGUCCUGCACACGACUAGUGGUGAAAAGAGUUAUUGUUGUUUGAAAUUGUUUGUUUGUAAUUUUUUGUUAUGUUUUCUGCAUAUUCUAUGUAUUUUAAUCAGUAAAAAUAGCUGUAUGUUUUUAUCAGAUUAAAUUGCGCGUGAAUUUCAACGGUAGUUCAGCAGACGCUGAAGUGGUUGUUGGACAAAUAACGAUUUCAAAACAUAUAACAUUUGAUACAAGUCAAUGACUCUUGAUGGGCUUUGUUAGAUACUUGCUCGGUGACGAUACUUGUGAAUGCUAAACUUAUUUAUUUCCUAGAUUCCUCAAAUUUUUACUGGAAUGGCUCUAAAAGAAUAUGUUUUCAGUGUGAUUGAAUUCCUUAUGUCAAACUUUACGCAAUACAAGUUCUUAUAUUUAUUGUGAUAUCUUGCAGCUGGAGAUCGUUUCUCCCAAAUGCCAAUCAUUAGAAAUGAUAGCUAAUCAAAUCAUAUUGGUUGUUUUUAUGUUGAAACUAAUUGUGUAUUAUUUUCUAAAGGUUGGUUCUUUAUCUGGCCAGAAAGUAUUUAAAUUGUGAUAAUUAUCUGGAACUGUUAUUGUAAUAGUUAAGUACAACCUGUUUAGAUGUCAUAUAUUCGUGCAAUUUUGUACAUCGGGUUGUUAAGUGUAUUUAUACACAUAUUGACAUACAAUACGGGCAAACAAUGGAAGAACAAUCAUAGAUUUAGAUAAUAAUAUGGUAUUGUCCUUUCAUUGUAUGCAUUUACACGUAUGACUAUAUCUUAAGCAUAUUUCGUGUACGUAAGGCUCACAAAUGAGAAGGUAUUUAUAUAUUUUGAAAAUGCUGGCGUAAAAAUGUUCUGUUGUCAUGAAGUGGCGCCAGCAAAAUCAUUAAAUUAUUGUUUUACCAUUUUUAAGUGUUUUUCACUGAUAUGUGUAUAUUUGAAAAUCUUUGUAUCCUAAUGAAAUAUAUGAAAAUAUAUUUUUUGCUUCUUGA